UUUACGUCAUCAGUAAUCGACUGGGACUGUUGUGGCUCGGUCUGGUCCGGCUGUUAAUCAGUCAGAAGAAAGCUAAUGUUCUUUAGAAGAACGUUCUUGCCAAGCGUCUUGCGAAAACGUUCUUCAAGACCACGAGGAUGGAGAACGAAUUUAUAUGAAGGUUUUCUUGGCUAUUGCGCAAUACAUAUAUAUAUACAUAUAAAACGUAUGAAUCAAAUCAGACAAUUAUGGAAACAAACAGAAGGGCACUGGUAACAGUGGCUAUAGGGUCACUUUACUUGAAAGCUGAGGAGGAGGCAGCUGAGCUGAGGCAACUGAUCCAGAGGAGGAGGGCCAGAAUGAGACGGAUGAGGAUGGCGAGGCUUCGUCAAAUGCUAUCACUUAUCUUUCUCAAUGAUGGAACUCCACAGAACUAUGCUCAAGUAAAUGACCAAGUGCCCAUCCUCAAGAUAGUGUUCUCAGAUGAAGACACCAAACCAGCCUUCAAGCUCGCCAGGGCGACCAUCCAGCUGCUGGUCCAGGUCCUGCCGAGAAAAAAAAGGCAUGGUUGGAGCCACGAGAUGGAAGUCUUCAUGUUUGUUUACUGGCUUGCAUGUGGUGCUUCAUACCGUGUGACAUCCAAUGCCUUUUCUAUGCCAGUGGCUACAGUGUGCAGAGCUGUACACCACGUGGUAGAGGAAAUGAUGACAAUCCUCCACCGCAUCAUCCAUUUCCCCAAGGCCGAUGAGAUGGAGGGGGUGGGGGCAGGUUUUGUUCACCUGGCCGGCCAUGAAGCCUUCUGCUUCGCUGCAGGAGCCAUUGAUGGGUGCCGCAUCAAAAUCCGUCCACCUGCUAGGCCACUAAAAAAGAGUCACUUGAACCGCAAGCUCUUUCCCAUAGUUAUCCUGCAGGGCAUUUGUGACAGCCGUGGAAAGUUCAUUGACGUGCACAUUGGCAACACAGGUUCUGUCCACGAUGCCCUUGUCCUGCGGAGCUCCCCAAUGUUCAAGGAGUCCCUUUAUCCCCCGGCUGGUUAUUUCCUCCUUGGAGAUGGUGGAUAUCCAUGCCUGCAGAAUCCUGUGGCUGUCAUCACCCCGUUUCGACAGCCUAUAGCUGGAAGUGUUGAGGCCCGGUUCAACAGCCACCAUGCCAAAGCAAGCUGCGUAAUUGAGCGCACUUUUGGCAUACUGAAAACUCGCUGGAGAUCCAUCUUUCUAAGGGGUCUGGAAGUGCGUCCUCUGUUUGUCCCCAAGGUGGUUGCUGCCUGCUGCGUUCUCCACAACGUUUGUCUCUCUGUGAACGACAUCUUGGAGGUGGACCAUCCUCAGCAUGAGGAAGAGGGUGACAAUCUGGAGGACUGUGCAGAUGAGCAGGAGGUGUCUGGCAACAACCUCCGCGCUAGACUGGCUGCACAUCUUUCUGCUCCUACAGAACUCAAUGUAUCUCUGCAGGAGCAUGAUUACAUUUAGGGGAUAAAAACACAAGACUGUGCCAAGUAGGGUGAGAGGUAAACUUUGAAUGUGUAAUAUUUUCUAAGAUUUGGUUUGCUUUAAUAUAUAGCCUAUGUAAUAUUGUUUCUUUACAUUAAAUGUUUGUAAAUUAGUGUAUUGUCUUAUUUACACUGUAUUGUAUGAAGUUAUUUUUGAUGCCAAUUCAAUUUUGAGACCCUUGGCAUUGCUGUGGCAUUCCCUUCUCAGCACUACACAAUAUGUUCUGUCAGUGCUGAAUGUAGGAGGUUAUUAACUGUCUUGUC